UGACUCCCCCCCACCUCUCACUCAAGCCACCCUCCCCGCAACUGCGACCCUCCGCUCCUCGUCUCCCGACCUCCAAUACAACCUCCCUAAUUCCUAUUCAUUCCGUUCUUCUUCUUACCACGAAUAUCCACAGACAUACACCAUCCCCGCCUCCUCCCGCCAUUCCAUCUCCCACAUCUCUCCCCCGUCCCCAGACAGCGUCAGCUCCGGUCCAUCUACCCCCGCGGCCCCCUACGUAUACGAUAACGAGUAUCGUAAUGGCUACGAGAGUCCUCCUCCCGUUCUCGCCCCCAUCAACGUGACAAGGACCGGUCGUGAGUUGGGCUCUGCCAUCGCUCUGAACGAUAGCAGUAUCGGUGUCGAGAGACAUUACAUCCAUGAGCCCCAGCCAUAUUACCAACAAGCUCAGGAGGAUCAGUCAGAGGUCAGCCUUGGUCAUGGCGCCUGGAAAGGAAACCUCAAGGGAGGUUUGGUCCAAUAGACGACGAUGUCUUUAUAAAUGUACUAACUUAUUUUCUUUUCUUCUUGUCGCAUUCACUAUCUUUUCGUGAUACCAUUAUGCGUCUCUGCAGAGCUGUAAUUUUACUGUUACUGUAUAUAGUUAUCAUCCACCAUGCUUUUCACUGUCUGCCUCACUCAAGUAGUACUACUAUCAAUUGACCUAGGUUCGGAGCAGGCCCGCUUUGUACCAUGCCGCAACCUUGUAUGCAGACCUUGCUGCAAAGUCAUACUGGCUGGUCAAACUCAUAACUUCUGCUUUGAUAUCUAUCUAUCUAUAUCUAUAUAAUAAUAGAGGUCGACAAUGAUGACAUAAGAUAGCGG